AUGACGGGCAGACGCCAGUCUAACUAUAGAACACCAUUCACGGGCACAGUCUCCCUCUCUGCCGAAGUGGAGAUCGCAGGCCAGAGCCUCACAUAUACAAUAUACAACACCCUAAAGGCUUUCUUCUCCAAGUCCCUCGAUACUAAUAGCAUGUUUGCUAGCUAUGCAUACGCCGCUGAUGUCACCCAGUUACUGUGUGCCUCAGGCUUGACGAGGCGCUUCGAGUACACAGAACAAAUCUUUGAUAGGUCGCUGGCACCGAGGACUCGCCAGACGGUUCGGACGGCGGCGAUCGCCGUGGUGUCGGCCCUCGCCCUCGUAGCCAUCUUCCACCUGGCCAAGCUCGCCGAACAUCCCGUCAGUGAAAACACCGUUGAUGUGUCGUCGCUGGAGGCCAAGGAGCAGCAGGCAGCGGCAGCAGCUUUGGCCGGACAUGGAGUACUCAAGACCUCUGGAGGCAAGGCUGUCGCUCCUCCAGGUGCAGGAGAAGACUGGCGAGGAGGGCAGGAGUUUGCUGAGGCGGUUGAGAGUGCUGGAGGCAUCAUCCCCGUGGCCCACAUGAAGGACCUUCAGACUCGCGUCAGGAUCGCCGGCAGGAAGGUCGCCAUUCACCCGAUCCUCAAGGUUCCAGUUGAUGGCGAUUUUCUGGCGCAGGACAUUGAACGGAUCAGGCAGCUUAACCUAAAGGAAAGCAGACCCGCUAACUCGACGGAGGUGGAGAAGACGCUGGAUCUGGUGCGUCAGAAAGUGGAAUCUGACCGGAAACAGCUGGUCAGCAAGUCGCUGAGGAUGUGGUCGUCAGGAGACACACCGCUCAGAGUGCUGCUUGUUACAACAUGGCGUUCCGGCUCCACUUUCUUGGGACAAGUGCUGGCCAACCACCCCGGAGUCUUCCACCACUACGAGCCUUUCAGUCCCCGAGGGGUCAGACAAGUCCGAUCUGGUCGCGACGCCUUUCAGGCCCAACAACUAUUGCACCGCCUGAUGGACUGCCAGUUCGCGGGCCAGGAUGAGUAUCUCAACUACACCCACUCUCACCCGCAGGACAUGCUGGGUCACAACAAGGUGGUGUGGGACGCCUGCCACGUCGGGCCAAACCCCAAUGCCUGCUUCAACGCCAGCUUUCUCACCAGGGCGUGUCAGAUGUUCCCCAUCCAGCUGGUGAAGACGGUGCGAUUGCGACUCAACUUGACGCAACUCUUCCUCAACGACGAGAAGAUGAACGUGAAAGUCGUUUUCCUGGUCAGAGACCCGAGAGCCACCAUGAGCUCUCGCUACACCUCGGUGUCCUGGUGCUCAGAUAAGCCCGACUGCUCCUCCCCUGAAGUGCUCUGUUCUGACCUGCAAGCAGAUCUGAAAGUUGCCACAGCUCUCAAGCAACUUUACCCUCAGAGGUUCACCAUCGUCAAGUACGAGGACUUGGCCACAGAUCCACAGCCACAGAUCAACAACCUCAUGAACUUCCUGGGCAUGGAAUUCUCUCAAGAAAUUGCCCGUUUCGUGCAGGAGCACACACAAGAGGACGUCAACAACCCAUGGAGCACUAAGCGCAAGUCCUCAGACCGAGUGAGCAUGUGGAAGAAGCAGCUGCCUCUCCAGGAGGUCCACACCAUCCAGAAUGCCUGCGAGUCGGUGCUCAAGACGCUCAAAUAUGAGGUCAUCGGACAGUGAGGGAGUAAGAGUGAGCGCCUCUCACCGAGUUGUUGAAAAUUAUAAUUACGAAACUAGCAGAUAAUCUCUAGUUCUCACAGAUAAGGAUUUUUUUGUUAUUACUGAUCCUGGCAUUGCACUUGCUGUCCUCUAGAUCAGAGUGCAGAGAUUGUCAUAGGUUUGUGAGCUCUGCCAAAGGGAGUUGACUGAUUAUUUCAAGUGUACUUGUUCGAGGCUGUGACUGCUUCCUGCACUGAUGGUAAAGUCUGUGCUGUUCUCGAUGCCUACACGGGGAUAUUAUUAACAUUUAGUGUGUUUUUUCCUUCGUGGUUUUAUGAAAAUAUAUAAAUGUAUUAUAAUGGUUAGCUGGAUAAUCAAUGACACUUGUCAUCUCGUACAAAACAGUUUGGCUUUGUAGAACUCUGUGAGAUGACGUGUUGGUUGAGCCUAACCUUGUGUGAACCUCAUGUUGCUUAAUGAUCAAGUGUAGUGACACCUUUGUGCUCCUUGAGUGGUUAUAUUAGCGUGUAUGUGUCGUCCGCGUCUUCGUAUGAUAACCUGUAUCAUCCGCGUCCUCGUAUGAUAACCUGUGUCAUCCGGGUCUUCGGGGUUUAACUCGAGUCAUCCAGGACUUUACGUGUUAACCCGAGUACUAAAGGGGAUCAGAGAGUACCUCUCAGGAAGGAAACAAAAAUGAUUAUAGUGAGAGUGGAGAUAUUAGAGUGGAUCACCAGUUGUUUCCAUACUGGGGCUCAUCUUAUUUUUGGGUUAACAACAUGGCACAGGAAAUUGGCUGCUUUAUAUCAAUGGUUGCAGACGAUGCAACACCAAUGAGAAGUCUCAGGACAUA